UUUCAAAGUUUUUGAUAAUAUUCAAUCACCUUUCAAUCACCUUGAACACUACGACAAAAUGCCUCCAAAGAAAAAUCAACCAUCUGACAAAACGAAACAAAAGGAGAAGCAAAAGAUCAUUGAGGAUAAGACUUUUGGUUUGAAGAAUAAGAAAAAGUCUGUAAAAGUCCAACAACAGAUCAAACAAAUUCAAAGUCAAGUGAUGUCAGCUGGUAAUCGGAAAACUAUGAAAGAAAAAGAAACUGAAAAACAGACUAUCGCUAAUAAAAAACUUGCUGAACAAAAAAAGAAAGAAGAACUUAAUGAAUUAUUUAAACCAGUUCAAGUACAACAAAAAGUACCAUUUGGGGUCGAUCCUAAGACGGUGUUAUGUCAAUUCUUUAAAUCUGGACAAUGUCAAAAGGGAGAUAAAUGUAAAUUUUCUCAUGAUUUGAAUGUUGAAAGGAAAAGUGCGAAAAUUGAUUUAUAUACUGAUUCAAGAAAUGAGGAAGAUGAUAAGAAAACUGAUACCAUGGAUAAAUGGGAUCAAGAGAAACUUGAACAAGUCGUCAAAUCAAAACAGGGCAAUCCUAAAACUACAACGGAUAUUGUAUGUAAAUUCUUUUUAGAAGCUAUUGAAAAUCAAAAGUAUGGUUGGUUCUGGGAAUGUCCAAAUGGAGGCAAGAAUUGCAAGUAUAGACAUGCACUCCCACCUGGUUUUGUGCUGAAAAGCAAAGCUCAAAAGAAAGCAGAAGCGGAAGAGGAAGAUCAAAUUACUAUUGAAGAGUUCUUAGAAACAGAGCGUCAUAAAUUAGGAUCGAACCUCACACCAGUUACCCUUGAAACUUUUACUGAAUGGAAAAAGAGUCGCAAGGCAAAACUGGAAGCUGAAGAAGAACUUAAAAGAUCCGCUAAAGAAGCAGCUUUCAAAGCUGGUAAAGCUCAAGGCAUGUCUGGUCGUGAUCUCUUCACGUUCAAUCCUGAUCUUGUAGAAGAUUAUGAUGAUGAUGAUGAUGAUAUUUUCGAUUUAUCUGGUUAUAAACAAGAAGUAGAACAAGAGGAGGAAGAAAAUUCUGAACAAGCUCUUUAUGAACAAACAGAUGAAGUAAAUAAAGAAAAUAUUGAGGAAAAUCCUUAUGAGGAAGGUAGUAGUAGUAGUACCAGUAAUAAUAAAACAGAAAACACGACGACAACUCUUAUCACUGAAGAUGGGUUAGAAGUUAAAGAGGAUUUGUUUGCGGCAGAAGAAUUGGAUGACUUAGACGAUGACGACGAUGAAGAUGAAGAAGAAUGAAUUGUAGAUGUAAAGUCAAAUUUCAUUAUUAGGUUAUUAUUGAAUCAUCAUGAUAAACAAAUAAUGGGACAAAACAUUUUUCUUCAAAAUUAUGCAUUUGACAUAACAGCAGAAGUUAUUUUUGUUUAUCAAAUAUUUUAUUAUAAAAAAUAUAGAA